AUGUCAAAAAUCAAAAGAAUAAGACUGCUUGAUAAUUGGCAAAUAUUUAAAAUAAUAGUUAAGAUAUUCUUUUAACAUACUUGCAGUUUCUUAAUUUUAUUUAAAAUCAGUAUAAAAAUGGCUUUCGCGGCGGCAAACGAAGAAAUCGACGAAGUAAAAGAGCGGGCUCAUUUUAUUGCUGUCGUUAAUGCUUUCAAGUAUUAUAAAUUGUGCAGCCUCGACCGCAUACACAAAUCGGAGAAGAUAAUGUCGACCUUACCUCUUACACACCAAAGACGAUUAGAAAAGUACAAAACGUACAUGAACAAAUUGAAAAAGUGUUUGGACGUCAACAAUUCUGUUGUCCACUGUAUAAUCAAAUACGUGGACACCAUGUUCGAGAACGUCGAUCAUAGUAACGCAAUGGAUAUGAACACAAACGGAGCAGAGAGCUUCGGUAAUUGCAAUUACAACGUUUGUCCCAUAACAUCUCAGAAGCAGCACAAGAUGCAGCAUGAUGUCGAUAAGGUGCAGUCAGUAUUGAAAAAUAUUGUGAGAGACUGGAGCGAAUUGGGUGCGCCAGAAAGAGAGCAAUGCUAUAAACCGAUAUUGGAUGAGAUAGGUGAACGGUUUCCUCACGAUGGAUAUAAUGAUCUGAGCCACGUUAAGGUACUAGUUCCCGGGGCUGGGUUGGGAAGGUUGGCGUGGGAGGUAGCCGCUAGAGGGUAUACCUGUCAAGGGAACGAAUUUUCCCUGUUCAUGUUGUUUGCAAGCAACUUCAUAUUGAACAGAUGUCCUGAGGCAAACAAAUACACAGUGCACCCAUGGAUCCAUCAGUACGUGAACAAUCUGUCGUGCGAGCAUCAGUUGAUGGCGGUAAAUUUCCCCGACGUGCGUCCUUCAGGAGAACGGCCUAACCAUAAUUUCAGUAUGACGGCGGGGGAUUUCCUCAAGGUAACAAUAUGGGACCGCUUUUAUAUACACACAAAAUGUAAAAUAAAAUAAAAGAAACCUAAUAAAAUAAAAGAACCUGUACAUAUAAAAUGAAACCUGUAUUAUUAUAUAUAAACCUUAAUACACGUGUAUUAUUAUAUAUAAAUAUUUUGUAUUAAACUACUUACAUUUAUUUGUGUACAGGUGUAUACAGAAGCGGAUGAAUGGGAUUGUGUAGCGACAUGUUUCUUCAUUGAUUGUGCGCCCAACGUUAUAGAGUUUGUUGAGAGAAUAUACGGCAUUCUUAGACCAGGCGGUUACUGGAUCAAUCUGGGACCACUACUUUAUCAUUACAGCGAUAUGACGACGGAGAAUAGUAUAGAACCGCCAUACGAUAUUCUCCUUGACGUCAUAAGAGACGUUGGCUUCGAUAUACUGAAAGAAGAGUCCGGUGUUAAAACAAAAUAUGCGCAAAAUCCAAAUUCUAUGAUGCAACAUGAGUACAACUCAGUAUUUUUUGUAUGCAAGAAACCUUACUGCUAAAUUUAACAAUGCCGUCUAAUUAAAAGAGUCUGUUUUACUUUGAAUAUGGAAAUUAAAUUUCUAGUACUAAGUUGCUGUUUUUGUCAAAUAUUAUACGAAAAUAUGAGCAGUGUUGUUAAAGUUUCUUGUGGCAGUUAAAAUUGACUGUGAAAAUGAGAUUAUAAUAUGUUUAACUUUAUUUCAUAGGUUAUGUAUAUUUAAAUAUGUAUAGUCAGUAACAAAGUUUUAUUAUGUGUGUAUAACAGUAUAGUACACCUGUAAACAAAUCGUUGUAUUGUUAUACUAUAAUCCCUUUCUGUGCUAAUAACACAUGCGCGAGUAGAGAGAGAGUGAGAC